CAGCUUUGGAUAUCAGGAUGGCAUUUGCUCUUCGAGUGUCGGUGGCGGUCCUUGCAGUUCUAUGCGUCAUGCAGUCCUCAGCUGAUCCUUGGCUGUGGGAUAAAGGAAAAGGAGGUGGAUAUGGAGGCGGAUACGGAGGAGGAUAUGGGGGUGGAUACGGAGGUGGAUAUGGGAGUGGACACGGAGGAGGAUAUGGGGGUGGACACGGAGGUGGAUAUGGCCACAAAGGAAAGCUGAUUAUUAAAUGCAAGGGAUAUUGUGGUGGGUAUGGAUAUGGUGGAGGAGGAGGAUAUGGCCACGGAGGAGGGGGAUAUGGGUAUGGCCAUAGCGGUGGGUAUGGCCAUAAAGGGAAAGGUUAUGGCCAUAAGGGAAAAGGAUAUGGAGGAGGAGGAGGUGGCUAUGGACACGGGGGAGGUGGCUAUGGACACGGAGGAGGAUAUGGCCAUAAAGGAAAGGGAUAUGGCCAUGGAGGCGGAUAUGGCCACGAUGAUGGAUAUGGUCAUAAAGGGAAGGGAUAUGGUCACGGAGGAGGUGGAUAUGGGUACGGAGGUUAUGGCCACGAUGAUGGAUAUGGCUCUAAAGGAAAGGGAUAUGGCCACGGAGGAGGUGGAUAUGGCCACGAUGAUGGAUAUGGCUCUAAAGGAAAGGGAUAUGGCCACGGAGGAGGUGGAUAUGGCCACGAUGAUGGAUAUGGCUACGGAGGUUAUGAUCACGGCGGUGGAUAUGGGCAUGGAGGCUACGGCCACAGUGAUGGAUAUGGCCACAAAGGAAAAGACUACGGAUAUGGAAGUUACGGUUAUCACUGAGUGCUGCAUGUUGUAUUAUUAUGUUUAAUGUGAACGAAUAUAUGAAGAAGUCCCCCUUAGUCACUGCCCCACGUUUUCUAUUACAAAUAAUAUUGCAAGCUCAUCCUUCUCAUCUCUUCUUGUUCAUAAAGGCUUAAUCUUACUGUCUAUUUGUCUCUGUCUCUCACUGUCUCUUUCUCUGUCUGUCUGUCUGUCUGCCUGUCUGUUUGUCUCCCUGCCUGUUUGCCUGUCUCUCUCUCUCUCUCUCUCUCUGUCUGUCUGUCUUUCUUUCUCUCUCUCCGUCUGUCUGUCUGUCUGUCUACUCUCUCUCUUUCUCUCUCGAUCUAUCUAUCUAUCUAUCUAUCUCUUUUAAGCUUAGAUCUUCACUACUCUGUAGCCGAUUGACAAUUAACAUUACUCGAGACUGUAUAUA